GACUUAACGCUUUUGGUUUUCAUCAUUUUUAAAAGGCUGUUGGCGCAAAUAACAACAAAAGUAUUACUUAUCGCCUAUUGCCUACGCCAACAUAAAUAAACAGGUGACUCAGACACAGACAUCAGCUCGCGGAGCGUAGCACAACGCCAACUUGAAGGCAAGACCAAGCAACAGGUAAAAGAUUUAUCUGCUACCUUUGUUUGGCGUCAACGUUCGUUGUAUUACGAACCAUCCCAGUUUCAGUAUAGGCCUAGGUUCCACUCUUAAAUUUUGUCAUGGAUAAGUUAAAGAAGGUGCUCAGUGGCGAGGAUAACAACAGUGAGGAUAACUCUAUCCUCAGUCCGGUUUUAGAUGCUGCGACUCUGAGUUGGUCAACGAGAAUCAAGGGUUUUAUCAUCUGCUUCGUAAUUGGCAUCUUUCUGUCGCUGCUUGGCAGUAUUGCUCUAUUUUUACACAAAGGAAUGGCUGUCUUUGCUAUUUUCUACACCCUCGGAAAUAUUACAUCUUUGGCCAGCACAUGCUUUUUGAUGGGUCCUGUGAACCAAAUGAAGAAGAUGUUUGCAUCUACAAGAAUCAUUGCCACAAUUUUGGUCCUUUCGAUGAUUGUUCUCACUCUAUUUGCUGCCCUGUAUUUAAAGAAUGCUGGAUUGGCUCUGCUGUUCAUCAUCUUGCAAUCUGUUGCAAUGACAUGGUAUUCUAUUUCGUACAUACCCUAUGCUAGAACUGCAGUGAAGAAAACUUUCACUGAGUGUAUUGCCUAAUCGAGAUACCUAAGGUUGGAAAUCCUUAUCAGUUUAUUUGACUUGAAUUAUAUGCAUAAGUAUUUAUCAGAAAAUGGACUCUUCAAGCAUGGGAAGCACUUCAAGUGCUGUAAGUUAGCUUAUGGUAAUUAUUAACAGUCCAGUAAUGCUCUUGGGUGCUGUAAGGAGCAGGAUAGUUACUUAUUGUAUUGUAUAACAUGUGUCUGAAUAUUAUGCAUUUCAUAUAGUCAAUUAUUUGAGAUAUUUUUAAGUUCUUUUUUCCUCUCUUUUCCUUUUAAAAGUCUAAAAACUGCCUCUUGACAUUGCACUAUGAAAAGUUUCCCUUCCCAUGGAAUGCAUGUCACAAUGCUAGUAGGACUGCGCUUGACUUAUCAGGCAAAAGUUACAUCUAUCUUUGAGUGAUGCUUCAUUUAAUGCUUCAUAAUGCUUCCUUUAAACUUUUUUUUUUUUUUAUGGAAGUGUCUUUAGCAUUAUUUAGUCACAUUGUUCAAGGAACAAUGAAAGAUUCUGAGGAGGGAAGGCAGCUUCUCUUGAGAAAAUGGGACCAAGAUGAAAUGUGUUAAUCCAAGAAUCCGAAUUGAAAAACAAUAUUUUAAUAACUUUUUAUGCUACUGCAUAUGAUUUUAUGUUAACUGCCACUGUUUCUUCUUUUGAAAGAUGAAAGUACCUGGUGACCUGGUGCAUCUUUCAGUUUUAUGAUCAGUUUAUUACAUUGUGCCUUCUAGCAGAUUGAAUGAUAUCUUUGCUAUGUAUCUAUCAUAUAACUAAAAGUAUUAUUUAUGUGAAGAGUGUUGAAUGCUGUGAUAAGGUUUAAUUUAGAGGUAGGAUAAGAAUGUGAAAUUGUGAGACUAUACCUCAUGAAAUUUAUCAUUCCUUUUUGUGGGGAAAAUACACAUGACCUCACAUGAACCUAAUAGAAUGAUGUGUAUCAUAGUUUUGUGUUGACUGAUGACCUCAUUGUAAUAAUUUUUUGCCAAUUUAUUUGGCAUAGUUUAUACAACUUCCGUCUAAUGCUUCAUAUUCUACACUAGUGAACAGGCCGUGAAGAUUCAACAUCACUGUUGAUUGGAUCUUAGUCUGAUUUUUGUCAAAUUAAGAAGUGUGUAAUUUCUUUGUGAAUAUAUUUUUAUUAUAUGCA